AUGGUCGUCGACUCGUUGCAGACAAUCGCUGCGAAAUCUGUUGCAGAUUUUAUUCAUAUCGAAAAAUUUCGGAAUGUCGACUUGAAGCUGAAUCCAAGAGUUAGCAAUCUGGUGUAUGAAUAUACUAGAACCAAUAAAAAGUUGUCUUUUACUGAAACAACAACUAAGGAGAUUCUAAAAAGACUAAACAUCACGGAGAUGACAAUCGACACAGAACAUAUGUUAGUAGACUACUUUGAUAUUGCUAUCGCUCAAAAUUUGACAAAAUUGAAUUUGAAAUAUCUCUAUCAAAUGUCUGGUGUCCGUGAUGAUGAUGGCAAAAUUAAUGUUGGUACAAUUUUGGAAAAAUCUCUCAAUUCACAAAGUCAGGAGAUAUUGAAAGAAAUAAGGAUUAAUGGGAGUUAUGCAACGCUCUCGAACAAUUGGGUAGAUGAGGUCUACAAGUUUAUACCAUCAGUGGCCAAACUACAUCUUCCUUCUUGUACCAUGAAUCCAUCCAACUUCAUAAGUCUCUGCCAGUUCAAAAAUGUCACAGAACUUGAUAUAAGUUAUUCGGCAGUCAACAACUUAACUGGAAUAUCCAACAUUACAAAUCUGGAGCUUCUCAACUUGAGUAACCUGGAAUUCCGGGAAAAAGAGGAUGUUAUGGACUUGUUCAAUUUGGAACAAUUGAGAGUUUUAAAUAUGAGUUCUUUUCUAUACGAGGAUUUUUUUUCACAAAAUUUGAAAUUGUAUUUGCAAUGUGAAAAAUCGCUUCCACAAUUGAGAUUUCUUGACUGCUCGAAUAACGAUAUCGAUUUGAAAGAUCUAAGUGUUCUGGUAGAGACACAUCCAAUGCUAGAGGUUGUUUGCCUGCUUGAAACCCCACUGGAGAAGUGUCCGCAGAUUGAGUUCCCUGGGCGCACUAUCGAACUGUUAACAACUGAAAACGCCCAUUGUUGUCUUAGAUCCUUGAACUACUGUAUGCAAACCAUCGAAUAUAAAGGCGAUGUCAAAAGGAUUUUCAACGAAUGUGCAGAAUUUCUGGAAAAUUUGAAUACAAGCGACCAAGAUUACAAGGAUUGUAUGAGGCUUAUGCUCUUCUUUAUCAAAAAAUAUAAGGAUAGCAAGACAUAUCAAGAAUAUGCCCUCGAUUGUUUGCAGUAUGCCUGCCUAAAAGCAAAUCUUCUUGAUAUCAACGAGAAACAUCACCUUAUCAGAACCAUUUUGGAUUCUUUAUCGGACUAUCCACCCUAUGAAAACGACGAUGAUGAUGACCCGAUUUCAGUUGUUUAUUAUAACGCGUUUAACAUUUUAUCCAGAAACGAAAUCUUUGAAGCUUCGCCACAAGCAAUCGACGCUGUCUGUAAAGGAAUUUCUGAUGUGUUCAGAUUCGCGAAUUUUGUGAGACCUGGAACGACACCGUAUUGUUGUUUAUUGAUAUUGAAAGAGGUGGCGAGAAGAAUCACAUCCCCAGACGCAUUAGAUGUCGCGGAGCUGAAACUUCCUCUUCUUCAGAUUGCUCGGAAAUACGAUAUUCAUGAAAACGGAGUAGAAACGUUCAUUCUACUGCUCAAUGUCAUAUAUGAUUUGACCUACAUCAACCGAGAAUUCUGCGCAGAAGAAUUAGCUCUCGUGUCUGACACCGCCGUUAUCCAUUUAAUUAUAGCCACGAUGGCAAACCUCGAUGACGACUCUCAGAAAAGAGACGUUUUGAAUAUUUUAGGGGGAUAUGUAAAGCAUGUGAACGUCUUGGUUUUUGAGAGUCUGUUUCACAGAUUUGAAGAAAUUAUGAUGUCAUCACUUCUUGCAAAGAAUAGCGAGGAACAGAAAGCUGCGGUAUCAGCUCUGGGCUCAAUGAUGUGUUGUGAAGACCAGCAGGCCACUCCGUUCACCGAACAAACUCUCAAUGCCAUUCUGCAAUCCCUUAAUUCAUUUGAGGCAACUGGAUAUACACAUCCGAUGAGAUGUAUUGUGCAGACGUCAGAUAACAGAGAAGCUGUAAACUGGGCAAAAUGGUUUUUGAGAAAGUGUGGUGGGGUGGCAGAAGAAGAGGGAGCUUGGGUAGAGAUGGUUCCAGAAGAAAUCGUUCCAGAAGAAGCGAGGGAAGAAGAGCCAGAAGCCAAGAGACGAAGAGUGUGA